GCCCCCAGCCCAGAAGGCCCUGCAGGGACACAGCCCUGCGCGUUCGGAGCUCCAGUGGCGAGCGGUCCAGCAGGGAGCAUGAGCGCCCCUUCCGCGACCCCCAUCUUCGCGCCGGGCGAGAACUGCAGCCCCGCAUGGCGAGCUGCGCCCGCGGCCUACGACGCGUCGGACACGCACCUGCAGAUCCUGGGCAAGCCGGUGAUGGAGCGCUGGGAGACCCCCUACAUGCACGCGCUGGCGGCCGUCGCUGCCUCCAAAGGCAGCCUCCCCAAUUCCGGGAGGCGUGUAAUGCCUGGGUUCUUUGUCUGCCCAGGGGGCCGGGUCCUGGAGGUGGGGUUUGGCAUGGCCAUCGCAGCCACUAAGGUGCAGGAGGGUGCCAUCGACGAGCACUGGAUCAUCGAGUGCAAUGACGGCGUCUUCCAGCGGCUCCAGGACUGGGCCCAGCAGCAGCCACACAAGGUGGUUCCCUUGAAAGGCCUGUGGGAGGAGGUGGCGCCCACCCUGCCAGACAGUCACUUCGAUGGAAUCCUGUAUGACACGUACCCGCUGUCUGAGGAGACCUGGCACACACACCAGUUCAACUUCAUCAGGUCCAAGGACAGAAGGCCCUGUGAGAAUGCCUCUGCCCACACCUCCCUCCUGACCACUGCCCCCUCCCAGGAACAUGCUUUCCGCCUGCUGAAGCCAGGGGGCGUCCUCACCUACUGCAACCUCACCUCCUGGGGCGAGCUGAUGAAGUCCAAGUACUCGGACAUCACCACCAUGUUCCAGGCCUUUGACCGCAUGGUUCUAUCUGUGAGGAUGUGUGGGGGAUGCCCUGACAGCCAGGAAUCUGGACCCCGGGAGAGGAACCCCCCACCCCACCCCGCCAGGCCUGGCUGCGGCACUUUCCUAGGAGCGCCCCCUGCGAGAAGCCUUGGAAAGAUGAUUACACCGCUGGUCACUAAGCAGUGAGCCCUCUGGCUCAGCUGCCCACACCACUCUGGGGGCUCUGGGCUGCAGGAUCCCCAACCCCAACUCAGUGCCUUCGAGGCUGGGAGCGCCGGCUCUGACCUUUUGCGUCGCUGUCCAGACCCACACCAGCUGCGUGAGGCCAGCAAGCUUCCCCAACCCCUGCAGUGGGAUCACCACUACUGUCCUCCUGGGGGCUUGAGGAUGAAAUAAACACUAACAGUAAGCUUGGCCAUCA